CCUGAGCUGACAAAAUGUAAACUUAAACUUUCUAUGCAGACAAAAGCUUUUGAUGCCGACUACUACUACCUACCAACUAUAGCCUUGAGUUGGGCCGCCCGCUCGUGCAUUGUGCUGCUGGAGCCAGUGGGCGUAUUAAGCGCGCAACGUCGCAAAUUGAUUAAGCAGCUUAUUCAGUCGUUUAAUGUGGUGCUGGUGGCAUUGCUAAUGUACAAUUUGUGGCGCCACAAAUGGUCGAAAGUGAAUUUCAAUUAGCCACGCUACUGUUUUUAUUGUUCGCUGUUGUUGUUGUUGUUGUUGCUUUUGUUCUGUAGCUACUGAUUGAUUGAUUAAUUAAUAAAGCGAUAAGCAGGCACGUCGUCGUCAUUAACAGUUGGCGAACUCUGCGAUUUUGUGGUCACUGCUGCUGCCUCGCAUCGAAUUCAAUUUCCGGUAACAGGGCAAAGUGUUGGCCCAGCUGAGCUGAUCGAUGUUUGCUUAUGGAAGUCAAUCAAAAGUGAUUGAAUUAAUGCGAGUAGUUGAAGCGUUG